AUGAUUGGAAUUGAAAGCACAGAGGUGAAGCUGGGGAACUCACAGGUCACCGUGAAAGGAGUGAUAGAGCCGAAAGCCCUCGCCGAUUACGUCUACAAAAAAAUCGGCAAGCACGCCGCAAUCGUGAAGGUCGAUCCAGAGAAGAAAGAGGAGGAGAAGCUGAACGAAGAGAAGAAAUCGGAUGGAGAAAAAUCCGACGCUAAUAAACCGGAGGAGGACGGCAAGGAAAGCAAAUCCGGCGAGGCUGCUACGAAUAAUGCACCACAUGUGGUUGUUGUACCUGAAUGUUAUUCGGAGUAG